AUGUGUUACAACACUGGCCAUCCGUGCAACUGUCUCACCGAUGGCGGUCUAUGUGAACCAUGUAGGAUGACGGCAAAAGACAACGAGGCGGAGGAGGCCCACCUAUCCAACAACAUAAAUGUGCCGGGUCAAGCAGGGAGCACGUGUGAGGCGGACCUGAACACCUCUUCCACUGAAGUCGUAAAGGAGCGGGGCCGAAACUGGGGAUGGAUGCUGUCUGGAAUCAUUUGCGUGAACGUUUUAAUUCUGGGAUGUGCCUUGGUCAGUGGCAGUGCAUACAGCAGUGUAAACAUCAGCACCCCAGACCUGCAGGUUUUCCUCAUCAUCCUCCUCCUCCUUUCCUCCAUCUGGAUGAUUUAUUAUUCCAUAUACACAACCAGGAACAAAAAUGCUGUUGUAUACAAGGAUGACCAUGCUGGACCUGUGUGGCUCAGGGGAGGACUUGUGCUAUUUGGACUCCUAAGUAUUAUAAUGGACAUUUUCAAGAUAGCCAGCUAUGUGGGAUACCUCCACUGUGAUUCUGCUGUGAAGGUCGCAUUUCCUGUGAUCCAACUUGUUUUCAUAGUUGUGCAGACAUACUUUUUGUGGAUCCAUGCCAAAGACUGCGUACAGCUACAAAACAACCUUACACGGUGUGGGUUGUUGCUCAUCCUCUCCACAAAUCUAGUCAUAUGGAUGACUGCAGUUACAGAGGAGUCCCUUCAUCAUACAACUGUCCCUGACUAUCCGGACAACGUCACUAAACUGUCUGGACGGCAAACAUACAUCAGUAAAGCAAGUUAUGGAGACGAUAAGUGCAAGUGCAGCCACACUUCAUGCAGCAUCUUCAAGAAUGCCUACUACUACCUGUACCCCUUCAAUAUUGAGUAUAGCCUCUUUGCCUCUGCCAUGGCUUACGUUAUGUGGAAGAAUGUAGGUCGAGUAGCAAGCGAACAUGGCCAUCACAGCAUCAAAUUUAGUGUAAAGGAUGUAUUUCUCGGCCCUGUUUUAGGGGUCCUCUUGGUAAUUGCUGGCCUGGCAACGUUAAUUGUAUAUGAGAUGGAGAUGCAAAAAGAUGACUAUGAUGAUAACAAGAAAGACAAGGCAGUGAUGAUGCACUUUGUCAUGAAUAUAAUCAUAGUAACCCUGAUGUCCAUUUCAACUGUGAUCGGCAGUGCCAUAUACAAAGUGGAUCACAGAGAGCAUGUAACAGACAAAAACCCCACUCGCAGCCUGGAUGUGGGGCUGCUGGUGGGAGCCUCACUGGGACAGUUCAUCAUCAGCUAUUUCUCUAUCAUAGCUAUGAUUGCAACUGGAGCCAAAGGCUACCUGAACGGGCUCAACUUGGCCUGGGGUAUACUGAUGGUGAUCCAGCUCGGCCUGCAAAACUUUUUCAUAAUUGAAGGCAUGCACCGGGAGCCCUUCCACGAGGUGCAGCCAGUCACUGUGGUUGCAAAUCCAUACGUGCUGCAGCCAAGCAAAGAUCUGAGCAGCCUUGAAGGAACAGACAUGGACACAAAACCAAGUCCUGCGCCUAUAGCACUCAGCUUGCAUAGCCACACUGCCGAGCACAGACACAAACUGUCAUGGAAGAGACGGGUAUUGAAGGAGGUCUCUGCGUUUCUGUUGCUGGGAAACAUUUUGCUAUGGAUCUUGCCUGCAUUUGGCGCUCGCCCCCAGUUUGACCAUGAUUCUGAAACUGAAUUCUACAAUUUCAACAUGUGGGCUGCUAUUGUGAAUGUGGGACUUCCUUUUGGCAUAUUUUACCGAAUGCAUUCAGUCGCCAGCUUAUUUGAGGUCUUUGUGAACUCAUAACACAAGAGCAUAUGAUAUGUACAGCCAACUAUUUUGUAAAAUGGAAUCUGUAUAGAUGAUUUAUGUCUUUUUAAGUCUGAAAGGUAGAAACUAAUCAACAAAUAUUUUCACUAUGCUGUCUCUCAUUAUUUUUUUGUCAUGAUCAUGUUAUUUUAAGAAGUCAUGUUUUAUUGCGAUGCAGAUAUUGUUUAACCUGAUUUAUGAUUUACGAUUCAGGCUCUCACAUGAAAUAAAUUAACAUGUAAACAAGCAGAAUGAAAGAGAAUGAUCCAUCGUAUCUACAGUUAUUAUUAUUGUUGCUUUUGAUUGUUUUUGUUUGCUGUAAUUGAUGCAGGUGCAACUGUUAAUACUAGUUAAAACUGAUGAUAUUCUUAAAUGACUAGUAAACCCCUUUUUUAUUAUUAUACACCAAUGAGGAAUAACAUUAUAUUGUGUUAUAUUGUAUAUUGUAUAUCCUUAUAUUGUGUAGAGCUCUCUUGUGACUCACCAGAGAAUGGUCAUGGGACUUCUGAGGGUGUCCUGUGGUGUCUGGAAACACAGUGUUGAUAUUGGGGGUGUUUGGGUCUUAGGGGUUGAGGGGAGGGGCCUCUGCGGAUCAUUCCACUGAUACUUGAUCAGUUUGGGGUCUAGUGAAUUUGGAGGCCAGGUCAACACCUUGUGCUGUUCUUUGCGUUUUUUGAGUUGUUCCUAAACCGUUUUUGUGUGUGUCUGUGUCAAGCUGGAUUCUGCUGGAGAUGGCCCCUGUUGCAUCAAUUAGAGGUUGUAGUAUAUUA